GGGUCGCACGAUAAAUCCGCGGUCACAAUCCAAUAUACAUAUAUCUGGCGAAUGGGAAAAUAUUUUCCUUUCAUUCGCGCCAAAUCGUAAAAUAAGAAAUAUACCAGUUCUCAGUCGUUAUUGGAUCAAAGUGAAAAUAAGUUUGUCGUGUAAUUGUUAUGAUUUCUGUGUGACACCCACGCAAAGUGAAGCGUGCCUCCACCAUUUUGUAAACUACUCCCUCCUCGUGUCUCAGUGUCCGUAUGUGUAAGUGCGUUUAUGUGUGGAAUAGUAGCAACGGAACCUGUCGCAGAAUGCUCGCUCAUAAUGAAAACCGCGUAAAAGUUAAAAUAUUAAACAGUUUUGUGGCAUAAGCAAUGGACGGGGACCCGUUUGAGGAAUCCGAUCCCGCUUCCACCAAAAAGCAGAGGGAGCAAGUCUUAGAGGUGGCUAGACAACGGCCUGCAACAAAUGUCGCCAAGAGCAUCGUUGCAUAUGAGGAGCAGCCAGAUCUCUCCAUCCUGGUGGUGCUCCUCGAGGAGAUCAGUAAGAACUCUGACUACUCCACGGACCUACGUCUCUCCACGGAAUAUUACGGAAAUCAUCUGCUACGGCUUUGCAAGGACAGGAAUGUGCCGCGUCGUGUUGCGCUGGGUUGUGGCGGCAGUGCCAUCCAGUCGUUGGGAAAGAUCUAUGCCGAUCGCGUGGAGUACAUCGGCCAAACCACGGAGCACAUAAACGAGUCAAUGUCAUCAGCGCAACGCGAAGCCAGUGAAAAGAAUACCAGUGGGUGAGUACCGCGUGCGUGU